UCUAUGAUCUAUCUUUAAUUGCUUUUGAAUGUAAUACAUUAUUCGAGAUAUAUUUCCCUUUGCAGAUGAUCGAUUCAUCAUAAAGGAAAUGUCUCGACUCGACAUGCAGAUCUUUCUCGACUUCGCGCCCAACUAUUUCGCCUACAUGGAGAGGUGUCAGCAGACCAAGCAACCGACAUUGCUGGGCAAGAUAGUUGGCGUGUACAGAGUGUCGUUCAAAAACAACACGACCAACGCGGCGCUCCGUACCAGCGUGCUAGUAAUGGAGAAUCUUUUUUAUAAUCGAAUCAUCACUGACAAGUUCGACCUGAAGGGAUCUGUGCGGAAUCGGCUGGUGAAUCCGGACGACACGUGCCACGAGGGUGAACUGGUCUUGCUGGACGAGAAUUUGUUGAACAUGAGCUGUGACUCUCCUCUGUACAUUCGAUCGCAUUCCAAGGCAGUAUUAAAUCGCGCUAUCGAGCAGGACACCAAAUUCCUGGCCGACAACUCCGUGAUGGACUAUUCGUUGUUGGUAGGCCUGGAGCCGAGCUCCGACGAACUCGUGCUCGGUAUAAUAGAUUACAUAAGAACGUUCACGUGGGACAAGAAGCUGGAGACGAUGGUGAAGAAGUCCGGUAUAUUGGGUGGCCAAGGUAAACUGCCGACCAUAAUAUCGCCGGAGGAAUACCGCGCCAGGUUUAUAGCCGCGAUGCACCGCUACUUCCUGCCGGUGCCGGACCGAUGGUCGGGUCUGGGUAGAAGCGUCGAGAUACCACCGCAACAAUAAACACUCGACUCUCAGAGGGCUAAGAGAACACGAAUGCGAUUUCGCGGCAAUUACAUAAUCGAUGUAGACCUUUUUUUAUGCGCGCGCUAGCGGAAAUACGAGAGCGCACCGUCGUGCACCUUCGUCCGUGUAUUUGUACAUAUUUUAUACCGUGAUAGCGUACUCGAGGAAAUAUCGAUGAAAAGUGAUAUCGAUAGUUACCAGUUUUUAAAUAACUUAUUAAUUGCUACGUUACGCAAAUCAAUAUUUUAACUUCUUCGUACGGAAGUAACUUCUACGGCUGCUCGUGAGAGAUUACGUGUACAUAUAUCUCCUAUAUACAUCGUAUGCAUUUAGGCAAGUGUAUACGUAUGGCAAUCGUUUUGUAAUAUGCUUCGAAAGCAGCUGCUCUUAAAGUACAAAGGCACCAAUGAAACCGCAAGACUUAACGCAGAAGAGAAGAAAAAAAAAAGCACCAUUUAAUCAAUAUUUUAUUUAAUUUUUCAAAAUUAUGUACAUUAUGACCAUUAUCUGUCUCUCUUUGUAAUAGUCAAAUAAACAAUCAUAAUUUCAACAUAGUAAAA